UGGAGAUGGAUGGAUGAAGAUGAAACUAUGAUGGGCAUGGAUUGUUAAAUAUUUCUUGACCACUGACCAGUCGUUUAGAACUAAUAAUUUUCAAUUCUAUUGAUGUCUUCUACUUUACUCAUAGUUAUCAGAUAAUAAAGUAUUAAAUUAAUAUUAAUGAACGAACAACAUGUCUGCAGUAUUGUGCCCCAAUGGUGAAUCAAGAUAGCCCAAUUCUAGCUUAAACAGUAUUUCUCAAGAAUGUAACUCAAGAUUUCAAGAGUUUUUGUAUAGGGCCCACUACAUUGUUGAUCAUGUUUUCCUUUAAGGAAGCAAUUUUAUUUACAUCAUCAUUAUUUGUGUUGGUGAUUGUUACUUCGUGUUUCUGUGACACUCAGCUGUAUGUUCCUCCUAACGGGGUCAUCUACAGUCCCAGGUACCCUCGGCCGUAUGAAAACGACACUAACUGUAUGUGGCACAUCCGGUCCAGGGAACCCAUGGCCACCAUCAUGCUCAGUGUUGAAGACCUUGAUAUAGAAUCAGAUGAGUCUGAGGUUUGCGGCUUCCCCAAGAACCGACCUUGCUGUAAACACAACUGGCUGUCCCUACCUCUGUCUGGGACUGGAAAGGUAAAGACACAGCAAGUGUGUGGUCACCAAUUUGUAUCCAAGCCUAUCCUUGUGAGGGCUCCUGAGGUAGCUGUCAAACUCCACAUCUCACGAGUGGACAAGGGUGGCAAAGGGUUCCGACUGUCCUACAAACUGUUGAAGCCACAAGACUGUCUACAGCCUGGUAUGGUGCCGUGUGGUCCUCGCGCAGCUGACGGUUGCUAUCACAACGCAACACAGCAUUGCGACGGUGACACGCAGUGUGUGACAGGUCGCGAUGAGGCUGACUGUGACACUUGCUACACACGGAGACAGCGAUGCGAUGGCAAACCUGACUGUCAGGACUACUCGGACGAGGUUGGCUGCGGUUUCUGCGAGAAAGGCAAGGUGCGAUGUUCAGCCUCUGGUCACCAUUGUUUCCAUCCUGUGUUGGAGAGAUGCAACGGACGUUUUGACUGUCCUUGGGGUGAAGACGAAGUUGGAUGUGUUCCAGGAUGCAAGGACAAGAUAGCAUGUUCGGGCGGGGAGGGCUGCUACAGCCCCUCGCAGAGGUGUGAUUCCCUCAGUGAUUGCUUGGACGGCUCAGACGAGGCGUUGUGUCCACCACAGCUGUGUGCGACUAUGCGCGACCAUCGUCAGUGUCACAACGGACACUGUCUGCCUGUCGCGUUGUGGUGCGACGGUGUGGACGACUGUGGUGACAACAGCGACGAGCAGACCUGCCUCAAGAACUCCGUGAUCGCACUUGCCAUAAUGGGCUCGCUGUUCUGUGGCCUGUUGCUAGUCAUAGCUGUAGGAUGUGCGUUCAGGUUCUAUGGACAUCGAUACUCAUCUUCUUCUUCCAACUAUCACCUUCACAUAUCUCCGCACCUUGCGUCUCGACUCAGGAUGACGUCGUCUGUCUCAAUGCCCACACUGAUGGCGGAUGAGUUGUUCCACCGAGAGCCUCCACCAGCUUACUCUGUGGCUGUAGGUGAGAGUGAGGUGAGUGUAUUGCCAGUACCAGCCACGAGGCCCCGUCGUCUGCGUCGUACCAGGCUACGUCCUGUACCACCACCACAGGUGGUGGUUAAACCGCCCGACUCCCCCAUACCAGGUGAAGCGUCUUCUUCUCAAAGCUCCCCGAGUCGUGACAGUUCUUCUUCUUAUCUCUCAGGCACAGACGACACCUUGCUGCUUAGCUCGUAGCACAAACAUUGUGUAGUUUAAUUGAGUUAACUGUAAGUCAACUUUGCCAACUUGUCUUUAGUUAAGGUUUAAAUUGUCCUAUGAAAUAAUAUUAUGUAACCUGUUUGAGCUAACCAAUUGCCCCAAUAAGCUUUUCUAGGUUUAAAUGUGAACAGUGUUAUUUAUGAAAUUUUGCCCCAGUUAUUUAAUAUUCAAUAGAACCUUAUAUAGUUGCAUUGUUUAUUUUAUAUCCUGAAAACAAAUUCUGCUACUGAGAUGUAAGAGCCCCACAUAUUGAAUGUGGCUAUUAUGUAAUUGGGAUAAUCUAGUUGUGUAAUUUAUUAUAAGUUUCAUAGGGCAGAGGAUGUAGCUUUUUGCAGCAUCAGUCCUUCAAAUAGAAUAAUAAAUUUAAACUAUUGUAUGUAAUGCAAGUUUGAUAUGAUGACUGCACAUCCUGAUUGGUUUACACACAAUAGUCUCAAAUUAUAUUGAAAAUUGUAACUUAAAAUGUAUUUAUUCUUCCUUAUCUCACCACUGCAACUCGCAAAAAAAUAUCAAGAUGGGUUCAUCUUUUUAACAUGUUUUAUAAUAUCAUGGUUACUACUACAGUAUAAACCCCAAAAAAUAUUCCCUUGUUUAAUUCAUGUGCUCAAUAUAUUAAACCAAACUGAAUCUCAAACAUUCUGUAUUAUAUUGAUAUGCUAAAUAUAUUUUUCUUAACUGUAUUAAAAUUUCUUGUGUGAAAUUCCCUUGUCUGGAACUCUAUUCAAAAUCACUAGUUUUCCUAGGAAGGCCUGAUAUUUGUUAGGUUUAGUUGUACACAUAGCAGUUGAAUAAUAAUACUGCAGGACUUUUGGAACUGUGACAAAAUAGUGUAAUUUUAUUCAAUUAGGGUUCUUUGAUUUGUUAUCAGGUUUAUUAUUGUGCUGUGGGUGUUAAUCUUUGCUAUCAGCUUUGUUUCUCUUUCCUGUCUUAUUCUAUACUUUGUUUUGUAUUCCUUACCACACAUCAUAAUAUUCACAAAUUUAAUUAGAACAUGAAAUAACAGUUUUAGGUCAUAUAUGCUUAGCUCUUAGUUAAACACAUUAUCUAAGUUGAAUACAAAGGAUAUUAAAUUGCCAUACAAUUAAUACUUGAUGUCUAAUCUAUGAAUUUGUUCCAAGCACAUGCGGUUUUAGGAAGUUAGUCAACUACUUCACUUACAAAUUAGUAUUAAUUAACAAAAGAACUACGCUCAAAGUCAACGUAAAAUGUAUUGGAUUGUGUUGUACAUGCAUAAUUAUAUUGUGAUUUGUAAAUGUGUUCUGUUUCAAGUUCAAGUGUGAACAUAUCUUCUCAGUGACUUUAAGCCUUUAAAUUUCAAAGCUUAAUAGCUACAGUAGUGAGUUGUGACAUUGAAAUACAUAUUAUUACAGGUAUUCCCCAUUACAAUCUGAAGUUAAAAAUGAUAAUAACAUCUUUCUAACAUUCAGUUGGGUUUAGAGCUUAAACCAUUGAGAACUAAUAAGACACCUAAUGUGGCCCUCCAAGAAAUUCCUAACUAAAAUAUGUUAAACAUUAAUAUUUUAAAAAGUUUUACUGGUAAAAUAUUUUUUUUCUGCAUGACUUCUGUGUGGGUUGUUCAUUAUGUGUAUGCGUGUUUUCAGUAAGUAUUUAUAAAAGACUUCAUUCCAUGCUGGAAUAUUAUUUGGUCAAAUGUGUGUUGUUUAUGACUAAUUCUCAGUGGUGUAUUUUUACUGAUGUUUCUGUCCUCUUGUCGCUUCAGUCUGUGUUACUUUCUCUUCUAAAUGUUAUUCAGUAUUUAUUGCUGCAGAUUCUCAGAGCAUGAAAAUAACCAAACUGUAGUAUUUUGUGUUAGUUACAAUCAAAAAACUAGCAAAGUAAAACCAAAGAGUGAUUUACUUAACCAUUGUACAUAUGAUGUGUAUUAUAGUAAACUGUUGUGUUAGUGUGUAUAUAAUAAACCCCUUAGCUUUAAGGUGUAGUCUUAGUAAAAACUUCUUGUAAAUUGUGAUAUGUUAAAUAUCAGUCUUUGUUGCCUAUGGAUUAUUAUUUUAUAGAAACCAGACCAUUUCAUAUUAAUCUGUGAUUUAUUCAUUAAAUAAUUUUAUUUAUGGUA